AUGGUUUCUAUCUUAUUGAUAUUCCUGAUUUUAUUGAAUAUCAACACAACGAUUGAAAAUCUAGCACAAUCCGGUUGUCAAACUCCAUUCGGCCCGAAUAACAGAUAUUCUACGCAGAUAAAUCCAGUCUCUAUAAUUAAUGGUUAUUUCAACAACGAUACCAAACUAGAUUUAGCAAUAGCCAACGAUGUUUUAGGUAGUGUUAGUAUCCUAUUUAAUAAUGGAGAUGGGACAUUUCAGAAUCAAGUAGUAUAUGCAGUUGGCGCUUUUCCAGUCUUUGUAACUGUAGGUGACUUCAAUAAUGAUGCUAAAUUAGAUCUAGUUACAGCCAAUCAAGCUGAGAAUACCAUCAGUAUUCUACUUAACAACGGCAAUGGGACGUUCCAGAAUGAAAAGAAAUACUCAGUCGGUACCUCUCCAGCCUGUGUGACAGUAGGAGACUUCAACAAUGAUACUAAGCUGGAUCUGGCAACAACCAACAACGAUGAUAGGACUAUUAGUAUAUUGUUUGGUAAGGGAGAUGGAACAUUUGAGAACGAAAAGAAAUAUGAAGUUGGCUCUCAUCCACAAGCUCUAACUGUAGGUGAUUUCAACAAUGAUAACAAAUUGGAUCUAGCAGUAGUCAAUAGCAAUGAGAAUAGUAUCAGUAUUCUACUUAAUAAUGGAGAUGGUACAUUUCAACAUCAAAAGAAAUACGAAGUUGGUUCUACGCCAAAGGCUGUGGCUAUAGGUGAUUUUGACAAUAAUAAUAGACUGGAUCUAGUGAUAGUUAACCAAGAUGCGAAUAACAUCAGUAUUCUGCUUGGAAACGGCGAUGGCACCUUUCAACAUCAAAAGACCUAUCGAGUUGGCGCUUAUCCACAGACUGUGACUGUAGGAGAUUUCAACAACGAUAAUCACUUGGAUCUAGCAAUAAACAACCAAAUGAGAAACACUGUCAGUGUAUUACUUGGUAAUGGAGAUGGUACGUUUGAUAAUCAGAAGACAUACGUUGCUGACGCUUUUCCAACGUCACUCAUAUCGGGAAAUUUCAAUGAGGAUACCAAAUUAGAUCUGGUAGUGACUAAUGGUGGUUCUGACAAUAUCAUAGUACUAUUCGGCAAUGGAGAUGGUACCUUUCCGAAUCCUACAACUUAUAAAGCUGGCAAAGUACCAGUAUCUAUAGCUGUAGGUGAUUUUGACAAUGAUACGAUUUUGGAUCUAGUAACAGCUAAUAGUGGCGAAGAUAGUAUCAGUAUUUUACUUGGUGGUGGCGAUGAAACGUUUCAGAAUCAAACGAAAUAUAGGGUCGGUCCUCAACCACAAUCUGUCAUCAUCGGCGACUUCAAUAAUGAUUCUAAAUUGGAUGUAAUAACAGCUAAUCAUGGUAAUCGUAGUAUCAGUAUACUACUCGGUAAUGGAGAUGGAACAUUUCAAAAGGAAAAGAAAUAUAGAGUUGGCCCUAAUCCAAGUUAUAUAGCCGUCGGUGAUUUCAAUAACGAUACUAUAUUAGAUGUAGUAACAACAAACGAAGGCGAAAACAGCGUUAGUAUUUUGAUUGGCUAUGGAAAUGGAACGUUUCAAGAUCAAGAUAUGUAUGAAGCUAGUUUAUAUCCCAAAUGUGUGGUUGUAGAUGAUUUCAACAAUGAUAAUAAAUUGGAUCUCAUAACAGCCAACAGCUAUUCUGUAAGUAUGAGUAUUCUGCUUGGUAAUGGUGAUGGAACAUUUCAGCGUCCAAUGUCGUAUACAGUUGAUAGUGGUUUAAUAUUUGUAGCUGCGGCUGAUUUCAACAAUGAUACUAACUUGGAUCUAACAGCUGUUGGUUGGGGUAGUACAGUCUAUAUUGUACUGGGCAAUGGAGAUGGAACGUUUCAAGAAGAAAAAAGAUAUGACAUCGCCGAUAUUGCCCAAUCUGUAGCAGUAGGUGAUUUCAACAACGACAUGAAAUUUGAUAUAGUAGUUGCCAACAAUUAUGACACUAGUAUUAGCAUUCUAUUUGGUAAUGGAGAUGGAACAUUUCAUGACCCUAUCAAGUCGACCACGGGAUCUCAUCCUUAUGCUGUAACAGCAAGUGAUUUUAACAAUGAUAUGAAACUGGACCUAGCGGUAACGAAUGAUCAAGAUAACAAUGUGGCUAUCCUUUUGAAUUCAUGUCCAUGA